AUGCGAACCUUGUGUUUUGAGAGUGCAAAUCAACCACGAAUAAAAAUAUUCUCCAGAUUAGUCGAUACUAAUAUUACUGAAGAAGUUGAAAAUGAUCAAGAUAAGGAGAAAUUGCGACCAAACCAAUCUCAGACUUGUCAUCCGAAUGCGAAUUAUGGUGAAUUGCUGUUUAGUACUGCUUCAGUACUUUUUCCAGAAAUAACAAAAUUGCCGUCUGCAUUAAUUUUCCUACAUAUGGAUUUUAAUGUCAUGGAUAGUUUUCGUCUUUCUGCCUUUGGCUCACAAGAUGGAUGGUUUGGCGUAUUUGCUGUGGAUAUGAAAUUACGUACCGUUGUACGAAGUUUCAACUUAUCCCAUGAAUCACCGAUCACAAGCAUCAAAAUAUUUCAACACAUCAGCACAUGUGUUUCAAAUUCACAGGGUAUAAAUAAUGCGGAUGAAAAAUCUACGCUUCUGAAUCAUAUCAACUGUUUGGUUUGCUCAGCUUUUGAACCGUCUGUUGUUUAUCGGAAUAUCUUUGAACCUGAUAGCUUUGGAAUGCAAAACCAAUUACCUCUACCGUGUAGUAUGGACUUCGAUCAUGUCAACUGUGCCUCAGUCGGUGAUUUUAAUGUAGAUGGAAAGCCUGAAAUAAUACUUGGGACAUUUGGGCAACGGUUACUUUAUUAUGAAUGGGAUUGCAGUUAUCCGGAGUCAAAUGAUGGACACUACGUAUUGAAAGCUCAACGUGAACUUCCUGGUCCAGUAUUUUCUAUAUCUCCUCCUUUGGAUUUAAUUGGUGAAGGUCCAUUAUCUUUGGCUGUGUUAACUAGUCGUGGACUCCAUGUAUUUCAACAUGAUAUACAACAUCUGAUUAAGGAAAUUCAUCGUAGACUGGAUAAAUCUUUCAUUUGGUCAGUGUAUUCAAACCUCCAAACUUAA